AAUAGUGAACUUCAUCAAUCCGUUGACAUCUCUGGUGUACAAAGUUACCAUAAAUUAAUUGCACGUGAAUAGUUACAUCUGGACUCAUUUGUCCAUUUUCUAUUGAGUAUUUUUGGAAGUAAUUGGGAGAAUCCAGCUACCGCUAAAGUAACUUACAGACUGAAGACUUGGACACCACAAAUGCUGAGCAAGUUGCUGCAGAUUCGGGGUCUCCUCCUGACCAUCUUUGCGGCCUGUAUUGGUGGCACCUUCCAGUAUGGCUUGAACCUGACGAUCAUUAAUGCACCAACAACCUUUGUCCAGAAGUUCAUCAAUGAGACCUGGACCGAACGCUACAACACACAGCUGGAGAACAGGGUCAUUACAUUUUUCUGGACCCUUAUCGUGGCCACUUACUCUGUUGGAGGACUGGUUGGGGCUCUUAUUGCUGGACCCAUGGCCAUAACAUUUGGAAGGAGGAAUUCACUGUUACUGAGCAAUGUUUUUGUGCUCAUUGGUGCGUUGCUGAUGGGGCUGAGCAGAACAGCCAAAUCCUUUGAGAUGAUCAUAAUUGGAAGAUUCUUUUCUGGAGUAAACUCAGGCGUGGGAUUCAACAUUAAUCCCUUGUAUCUCGGUGAGAGUGCUCCAAAGGAGAUCCGUGGGACAGUGGCCCUCUCAUUUGCUCCAUUUACUGCAGCAGGAUUGGUGGUGGGACAGUUCAUAGGACUGAGAGAGAUUUUGGGCUCAGAUGAGUGGUGGCCUCUGUUGCUGGCGUCCUGCGCUGUGCCAGCCCUGAUCCAGCUGGCCAUGCUUCCAUGGUGCCCGGAGAGUCCCAGGUACCUGCUCAUCGACAGGAAAGAUGAGAACUCCUGCGUGAAGGCUCUGAGAAGGCUGCACGGCAAUAUCGACAUCACGGCAGAAAUGGACGAAAUGCUGGAGGAGCAGGCUGUGCUUGAAGGUCAAAGGGCAAAGAGAAUCUGGGAGCUGUUCCAGGACAAAGCCGUCCGGUGGCAGAUGAUCAUAACCUUUCUGCUGGGCAGUGCCUUCCAGUUAUGUGGCAAUGAUGCUAUGUAUUACUACGCUGUAUAUGUGUUCCGUGCUGCAGGAAUUCCGGAUGAAAAGAUCCAGUAUGUCACUAUUGGAACUGGGUGCUGUGAGUUCACUACCUCGUUGACAAGUAAUCUGUUCAUUGACCGGACUGGGCGCAAGGUGCUGCUUAUGGGGGGCUAUAGUCUGAUGGCUGCUUGUGGAAUAUUGUUCACCAUCUCCUUGACUCUUCAGGACAAGAUCAGUUGGGCACCGUUCCUCAGCAUGGCCUGUAUCUUUGCAUCGAUCUUAAGCUUUGGAAUUGGCCCAGCUGGUGUGUCUGCAGUCAUCCCGAUGGAAAUCUUCGACCAGACUGCACGGCCAGCCGCCUACAUGACCAUUGGCUCCCUGUUCUGGAUAACCCUCAUUAUAGUUGGUCUGACUUUUCCAUUUCUUGUUGAAGCUCUGGGCAGUUUCUGCUAUAUGCCAUUUCUCUCAUUCAGCUUACUUGCGGCUAUUUUCAUUGGAUGUUUCCUGCCAGAAACAAAAGGGAAAACCUUUUUGGAAAUUUCUCAGAUAUUUCACAGGCGCAACUUUAAGACUCAACUGGAAGAAUCGUCAGCAAGUUCCUGAAAGCCAAGAGAGAAAGAUAAUGUCAUGAGCACCAAACAGAUAACUGUAUUAAUAGUAUCAUUGUGUGACAUCCUUUGUCAACUGGCCUCUCCUUUCUCUUUAGUGUCUGCUUUUCUUCACUUGCAUGGGAGAAAAGAAAUGAAUAUUGAAAUAUUUUGCAUUUUUUCCAUGUUGAUGUUAGGAAGCUGAUGCUUCAGGACUGGUUGAGGAGGACAUUAAUUAUGCAAAAUGAUUUUAAAAAUGUAACCAUUUAGUUCAAUAAUAAUAAAAAAAAUUCUCCAC